CUCUCCGCCUGGAAAACAGCAUCUCUCCCUCCACUCUGCUCCUCCCCUCUUCUUCCAUCUCGGCAUCUCUCUCCCACGCUCCGGAGCUCAGCCUUCAGCUCCCCGGACCCUCCCUAAUAAUUCUCCCAAGCUACGGCAGCCUGUGUGUGUGUGUGUGUGUGUGUGUGUGUGUGUGUGUGUGUUUGUGUGUGGGUGCACUGAAGUCAUUGCACAUGCACUGUACUCAGUACUCUCUCUCUCCCUUCCUCUCUUCCUCUCUCGCUCUCCCUGCAGCUGAGGUGGGCGUGCAGAGCCUCUGACCCUCUCUCACUCGCCCACUCUCUUUCUCCGUCUCUCUCUCCCUCUCCUCAACGCAGCUACAAGGGGACCAUGGAUGGACUGCGUUUACCUCCACUCAUCGAGGAGGCUGUGGACUCUACAGGACAUCCUCUUUGCUAAUCUACGCUGUGCCCUCUUUCCCUCAGAUGACCCCUGCGAUCUAAAAGCAGAGAUCAGCCCCACCAUGGACAACGAGAUAACAGCCAAGGAGAGAGGCGUCCUGGAGGAGAACAACGAGAAGGAGGAGAUGGACCAGGAGAGGGACCGGGAGGAGGAUGGGGAGGAGAAGAAGCAGAGGGAUGAGGAGGAGGAGGGCGAGGACAAGGGCAGGGAGGAGCAGGAGCCGCUGACGGAGGAAGAGGAGCUGGAGGAGCUGAGGGCCCAAGUGCUGCAGCUGCUGCUGGAGCUGGAUGACGCCAGGGAGACGUCCAACAAACACCAGGAGACCUUCAAUGAGCUGCAAGGUCUGUUGGAGGACGAGCGUCUGGCCACUGCCCAUCAGGCGGAAGCCUUCACUCGCCAGAUCCAGAAUCUACAAGCCCAGCUGCGUUCAGUACAGGAGGAGAUGGACAGCCUGGAGGAGGAGAAGGAGAGCGAGCUGGCCGAGGCCCAGGAGGAGCUGCGCGUGGCUCAGGAGGAGGUGAUCCUCCUGCAACAGGCCGCAGAGGAGGCGGCGGGAGAGAGGGAGAACGACAUUGCCUCUCUCCAGGAGGAGCUGUGUCGCCGGCGGGCUGAGCUUCAGCGCCUGAGUGAGGAGACGCUGGAGUACGAGCUGGAGAUCACCACGCUGAGGGCCGAGAUCAGCAUGAAGAGUCAGCGCAGGGAGGCCGAGAGGAGAGAGGGUGACGUGGACCUGCUGAAGGAGGAGUGCCGAAUGCUGAGGGAGGAGUGUCAGACCCUGAAGGAGGACAACAGACGUCUCAGUGAGAGGCUGCAGCUGCUGCAGAGACAGAGGACGUGCUCCAGCGUCUACCUCUCACUGAAGGAGGAAGAUGCAGGGGAGGACACAGAGGUGAAGGAGAUACAAACCGGCUCUGAUGAGGUCAUGACAGAGAGCUACAUGACCAUGGCGCAGUCUGGAAACUGUCGCCUGGUCGACGCCUCCAUCCAGAAGAAUAUUUCAUUUGAUGGGAAGCCUGUGACACCGACCGGCUGGAACGGAGGCGUUGGGGAGAUCUUCUCCCUGAGGGACCAGCUGAGACAGGCUGAGCAAAAGGCCUCACAGGUUCAGAAAGAGUGUGACGGUCUGAAGACGGAGCUCCAGGAGCUGCAGGUACUGUAUGACAGCAGUCAGAGGGAGAGAGCGGAGCUGGAGGAGGAGCUGCAGCGCUGCAAGGCAGAGCUGGAGAAGCUGUCAGGGGGGGAUCAGAGAUUCAUCCAUCCGUCUGAGCACCCUGUUCUCUCCAUCCCCUUCAUAGGAAUGAUUGUAAUAGUGGCUGUGGUCUGGUGCUGGUUGUCGGAGCUGGCGUCCCAGAGAGUAAGGGAAGUGAGGUAGGUUGGAACUCCAUUUUGACUAUCACUGCAGCCGCGGCAGUGUUACUAAUGAUGACUAGCUUGUUGAGAGCUCUCGUCUGAUGUUGACUGGAUGGGCAACAACCACACAGGGACAGACGUCUGCUUCAGACCAGCCCUCCUCGUCCUCUCCUGCCCUGUCUUAUAGACCAGACUGGAAUCCUCUAAGGCCUGAUAGAGCACGCGAUUUUGUAGUAGAACGUGUUUGCGAAAUUUCAUCAGUAUUGAGACGGUACUACAUGCACAGGCAGAUGGAGAAAGAUGCUCUCAGUCUCAUUAAAUUGAUGUGGGAUGAGAAGAUCACUAUGAUGAUGACCUGCAGAGAACCCACAUGGGACUGGUUUCAUGCCACCUAAUGUAUGCCAGUAUUCUGUCCUUUCUCGUGUCUGUGACUAUCUUCUGUUUUCCUCAUAAUAAUGUGAUAAAAAUGAAGGUUCUGAUUUUGAAAGUGUACAAAAUGGUUUCAAUGUAUUUAAGUUAUUUAUUUAUUUGCUUGUUUGUUCGAAUAUUCUUCACAGCUGUCUCCGACGAUAAUGACGAACCUGGAGUCCAAACAUUUAAUACACUGAAAAGCCUGAAAUGUCCACACGCCCUUAAAUAUAAACAGAAUGAGCAGUUAAUGAGUUCCUGACUAGAUUAAUAACUUAUAUAAAAAUUUGAGGCAAUAAAUGUGCAAUUCUGAAAAAAAUACAUUGGAAAUCACAAAAUCUUCAUGAAUUAACCAAUCUAUUAUAUCUACUAUCCUGCCACUGUAUUUUUUCCUUUUCCCAACAUCAGAUCUGUCCAUUGCAUACACCAUCAAUAUGGGUGUAGCCCAGGUGUAACUUACAAAGCACCUGCCAGUAUGAUUACAUGUAGAAAACUGAUGUCCAACGGGUGGAGACAGCACAUCCUCUUGGUGUUCCUCGGUUGUGCGCCUCGCUCCGAGCCCUGUCUGUCCGCCUGCUACAGCUUUAUCUUGUGUGACUCUGAAAUCAGACAACUCCCACGUCUCCCUUUAAUUAUCAGUUAACCAAGAGGGCAAAAGGUCAGCAGAGUGUUUCUGAUUCAUCCUUUCAAGCUCUCGGCUUACUUGGAAUAUCUGAACACUUAACUCCCACAGCUGCACUGUUACACUCAAAAUGUAAAUUUCUCUAGUUUUGUUCUGCACUUAAUAUAAAUGUCUCUCCGCAACUUCUGAUACAAUAAAGCUACGUUAUGAUGAUGUCUUACAUUUCAAUACAAUGUCGAUGUCGAUCUUGACAGGGAGAAAUUAAGCCUUGUAUUCUCUCAAGCAGAGUUUGAACGACUUGGUUUUCGCCAAGUGUGUCGACUUAAAGAUUUAUGGGUUUUGUUAAAAGUACAUUGUGAUAAUGUUGACUGUCACCAUUCCCUAGUUCCUUGUUUUAUGUGAAGAACUGCAGAUUUGAUAAACACCAGUCGCCAUAUGGUCAAACGUAGAGAUUCAGGUGAAGGGGCAACGCUCAGUUGUUUUUUUACGGCAACUUUUUCAGAAAGAUUUAAGUUGUCAAAGCAUAAGCUUACUAAAUAUAUAUGUGGAAGGACGCUGAUUAUUGUUUACAUUUGUGAAACUUUUUUUGUGAAUCUCUGUUGGAACUGAAAAAAAGCAUGCUAUGAAAUAUAUAGAAGCACAAUAUACUGUGUGUCGGUUUAUGCUGUUUAUGUUACUUUGUGUUUCCUGUAAAUAGACGUGACAUAUAGUACUAUCGGAGAGAUUUUUUCUUAAAUCCAUUUGUACUAGCUUUGUAGAGAGUGAAUUCUAUUUUGGGAGAGCAUCGUAUAUUUGAUAGCCAAAUCAUACAAUGCUAUUUAAAAGUUUAUUUAUGGUUCAGAAGGCCUACUAGCAUUGCUAAUCAUUUUCAGUAGCUCUGAGUCUGAAGGUGGCGUAGUCAUUGCAUGCGUUUAGAUUGCAUUUCACCUGAGUUGCCGGAAAGAGACAAUAUUACUCCAGGUUUUCUGUCCAUUAAAUUUCAUAAAUGAACUGAAAUCAUACCUGAGAUGUUUGUCAUUAAACAGAAGCGUGAUAAGCAAUGCCUGACCGAUGAUACUUCUGCAUGUGAACAUACACUAGGAAAACUGUUUUGCGACUGGACUGCUAAUGUUGUCUAUUUAAAAUGAUAAAUUCACAAUAGAAGUUAGAUUCCCAUAGACUGCAAUAGUACCUAUGAAUGUUGUUGGUUUCAGGACGUUAUUUAUAAUUAUUUCUGAGUUUAUUUCAUGAAUAUUAAGAUUAUCAUUGUUUCAUAAGACUAUGUCGCACAGUGUUGCUCAGCUUGCUGCUUUACAUAUUGAUAGCAGUGUUGUUUCUGAUAUAUUUGUGGCUAUUUUGUUACCUGGAGGUCUAUUUUGUACUGUAAAUGACUUGAGAAAAUAAAUAUACUCACCCCA